AGGUGUUCAGCUCCACUUCCCUCAUCAGCUUGUUCGUCCCACGGGCAUCCUUCGUCUGCACGUUUGUAGCCUCCAUCUACCACUCCAUCACCCUUUGGAAAUUCCUGGCCUUGAUUCGUGAUUUCUUCGGCGGUUCAGACCAAAUGCUCCAGCGGCUGGAGGGGCAGAGAGUUUCUCCGGACCCGUUUCCGUGUUGCUGCUGCUGCUGUCUUCCUGAGAUCGCCGCCAGCCGGUCAAACUUACGAUACAUGACAGUGGCCGUGUACCAACUGUCUCUCAUCCGGACCAUCCUCUUUUUUGUCACCCUGAUCCUUUGGACUGAUGAGAAAUACGACUACGGAGAUGUGGGCUACACCAACCCCAACUCCUACAUCAACGCCAUCAUCGGCAUCUCCACCUUCCUCUCCUUCUACGGCUACCUGCUCUUCUACAAGGCCACCAAGCCAGCCCUGGUGGGCUACAGCCUGCGCUCCAAGUUUGUCUGCAUCAUCUUGGUCCUCGUCCUCUGCGGCCUGCAGAGCGGGAUCUUGGAGACGAUGGGGGCUGUCGGAGCCAUCCCGUGCAGCCCGCCCCUCUCCCCUGACACCCGCUCCCAAAUGAUCUACUAUUACUCGUUGGCUGUCGAGAUGUUCUUUAUCAGCGUAUUUGCCCGUUACUCUUUCCGAAGAACCGAACCGCAGUCGAAUACGCAGCCGGUCUCCCACCCCUGCGCCUCCCAGACCGAGAUGGCCGCAUCCAGCUGUUGCAGCUCUGGGGGAAACACAACCAUGGAGCAAGUGAAUGCCGGUUUCCUUUGCGACGAGGCUUUGUGUACGAUCGAGCACUCCCCUUUGGAUCAGUUUGAUUUCAGCACGGGGGAGCCGGUGGACAAACGGCGAGAGAGCUGGAGCCUGAGCCACCCACAGAUGGGGGCACUGAGGGGCAAGGAGCCACAAAUAAUUUUAUCGCAACAAACAGCUGGGACUGAAUCACCGUCAACAGGAACCCAAGGCCAGACUGUCACAGUGGAUGCUGAGGGGGUCACUGUGGUAUAAGCUGCGGGCUCACAACAGAUCUAUCAAUCUGUAGACUAUGCCACCAUAAGAAUGUAAGAGAAGCUAUGUUGGAUCAGGCCAAUGGCCCAUCCAGUCCAACAUUCUGGGUCACACAGUGGCCAAAAAACCAGGUGCCAUCAGGAGGUCCAUCAGUGGGGUCAGGACACUAGAAGCCUUCCCACUGUGCCCCCCCCCAAGCACCAAGAAUACAGGGCAUCACUGCCCCAGACAUAAGAACAUAAGAGAAGCCAUGCUGGAUCAGGCCAAUGGCCCAUCCAGUCCAAUGUUCUAUGUCACACAGUGGCAAAAAAAACCCAGGUGUCAUCAGGAGGUCCACCAGCAGGACCAGAACUCCAGAAGUCCUCCUACUGUUGCCCCCCCAAGCACCAUGAAUACAGAGCAUCACUGCCCCAGUCAGAGAGUUCCACCACUACCCUGUGGCUAAUAUGAAAAUGUAUAAGAACGUUUUGAAUGUAUGUUGGAGACGCGAACAAAAGGGGCAUUCUAUCAUUUAUGGGGGACGUGUUACAAAGCCAAAUUUCUUUGGAGACAAAUACGUUGAUUAAACCAGAAGAUUCUGAAGACUAAUAUAAUUGUUGAAACCAUCAGGGCUUUUUUGUAGCAGGAACUCCUUUGCCUAUUGGGCUACACCCUCCUGAUGUAGCCAGUCCUCCUGGCGCUUCCAGUAGGCCCUGUAAAAACAGCCCUGUAAGCUCUUGGAGGAUUGGCUACAUCACGGGGUGUGGCCUAAUAUGCAAAAGAGUUCCUGCUCAAACCCCCCCCCCCCGGAAACCAUAGUUUUUUUCUGUUGGGACUAAUGGGCAGACAUCUAGAAAAAAGUAAUGGAACUUUUAUUUUUAUAUACGAUGACAACGGCAGCGAGACUGUUAUACACAAAAAUGAGAACGUUACACUACCCACAAUAGAGGAGCGAUUGGUGAAGAUAAAGAACUUGCAGAGAUGGCUAAACCUACUGCUAUGAUUACAGAAAAGGCAUUACCUACAUUUAUUGUUAACUGGAAACCCCUUACAGAGUUUUUUGCGUGAAACGGAAAAAAAAUGAAAUGAUGAUGUGUGGAUUUGAUGAUUAAGGGGUGGAAAAAUUAGAUAACAGAAAAAGGGAGCUUUUAUUUGUAAUUAGAGUGUGAAGUUUGCAAUUUUACUUGUAUUGGUUGUGGAGAAAAUCAGAAGUCGUUUCUUUAUUUUUUUCCUUCUCUUCUUUUCUUUGUUUUCUUCAAUUUUGCGUUUCUCUUUUCUGUUAAGUGCCCGCUGUUAAGUUUUUAUCUUUUGGUUUAAAAAAUUCAUAAUAAAAAUUAUUUUUUUAAAAAAGAAA